UAAGACCAUGCUGUGGUCGGGAAUAUAGACACUGUAUUUACUGCAGAAACAGGCUCCUGUGUUGUUUUGUGCUGUCGGAUAACGAUGGGGACCGAAAGCCGAUCUCGGCCGGGUGACUAUCGUUGGUUUGUUUUUCAUUUUUCCUUACUGCUGGUUUUCGGAAGGCAGACAUCAGCUGAAUUAAGGUACUCUAUUCCAGAGGAGAUGAAAGAAGGGACUGUUGUUGGAAAUGUUGCCAAGGAUCUUGGUCUGGAGAAAAGCUCUUUAACUGACCGACGAUUUCGAGUUGUUUCUGGAUCUAAGGACGCUCUUUUCGAGGUAAACCCGCACAAUGGAGCCUUACAGGUCGGUAAAAAGAUCGACAGGGAGGAGCUAUGUCACGGUAGCGGUGUCUGUCUGAUGGAGCUGAAAAUCCUUGUUGAAAACCCUUUGGAGAUGCAUCAUAUCGUUGUAGAAAUUACUGAUGUAAAUGAUCACUCUCCUAGUUUUCCUGAAAAGGCACAGCUAUUUGAAAUAGCAGAGCAUACAUCUCCGGGAACGCGAUUCCAACUGCACGCGGCCCGUGAUCCCGAUGCUGGAAUAAACUCUAUUCGUACAUACACUUUAACAUCAAAUGAUCACUUUGAAAUAGAUAUUAGUCAAAGCGAUGAGGACAAGACGCCUUUUUUAGUGCUGAAGAAAUCGUUAGACAGAGAGAAACAGAAUAAACAUUUGCUGUUUGUUACAGCAGUUGAUGGAGGCAAACCUCAAAGAUCAGGGACACUGAAUGUUUCUAUCAUUGUUCUUGAUAGUAAUGAUAACCGCCCAAUGUUUAGUCAGGAGACUUACCAAAUAGAAAUAUAUGAAAACGUCCCAGUUGGUACUACGGUUACAAAAGUGAAUGCAGUAGAUCCAGAUGAAGGUAAUAAUGGAGAAAUUGAGUACAAUUUUAGCAAAACCUUAGCACGUAAAGUUUACGACAUAUUUGAAUUGGAUAGUUCAGAUGGUCAGAUCAAAUUGAAAGGAGACGUGGAUUAUGAGGAAUCCGAUAUUUACAAGAUAGACGUUGAAGCAUCUGACAAAGGGGUACCUCCGUUAACAGGGAGGUGUAGAGUUGUUAUAAAGAUUAAAGACGUCAAUGAUAAUCCACCAGAAAUAGAAAUCACAUCACUGUCAAAUACAGUGUCUGAAGAUUCAAAGCCUGGCACAGUUAUUUCUCUUAUCAGUGUGACAGAUAAAGACUCCGGUGUUAAUGGAAAAAUAAUAUCAAGCAUAACCUCAGAUGUUCCCUUUGAACUAAAGCCCUCCUAUAAGGAGAACAUAUAUUCAGUUGUUACGAAGGGAUUUUUGGAUCGAGAGGAGGUGUCACAUUAUGAAAUUACAAUAAAGGCUACAGAUUGUGGUGAACCUCCCUUAUCUACUGUUAAAACCCUGAACAUUCAGAUAUCAGAUGUAAAUGACAACAGGCCACAAUUCUCUCAAAAUCCAUUACAGUUUUACCUGGUAGAAAAUAACGUUGCUGGAGCCUCAAUAUUCUCUGUCAGCGCAACGGACGAAGAUGUGAAUGAAAAUGCAGCUACUUCAUAUCAUAUUGUGAGAGGAGGCACUGAACAUGAUGUAACAUCAUUCCUAAAUAUAAACCCAGAUAAUGGACACAUUUCAGCACUAAAAAGUUUUGACUUUGAAACAGUGAAAACUUUCCAGUUCCAAAUUGUUGCCACAGAUUCAGGAACUCCGUCACUAAGCAACAACGUGACAGUGAACGUGUUCAUUCUGGAUCAGAACGACAACGCUCCAGUCAUCCUGUAUCCAGUCAGCUCCAACGGUUCUGCUGAAGGUGUGGAGGAGAUUCCCCGCAAUGUCAACGCAGGACACUUGGUGACUAAAGUCAGAGCCUAUGACGCUGAUAUAGGAUAUAACGGCUGGUUACUCUUUUCACUGCAGGAAGUCACUGACCACAGUCUCUUUGCUUUGGACCGCUAUACAGGACAGAUCAGAACACUUCGCUCAUUCACAGAGACAGACGAGGCUGAGCAUAAACUGCUCAUACUGGUCAAAGACAAUGGCAACGUUUCACUCUCAGCAACAGCUACUGUCAUUGUCAAACUUGUGGAGCCCAGAGAGGCUUUUGCAGCUUCUGAUGUUAAAAGUGCAACUAAAGUUGACGAGGAGGACAAUGUGACAUUUUACCUCAUGAUAACUUUGGGCUCAGUUUCUCUACUUUUUAUCAUCAGUAUCAUCGUGCUGAUUGCAAUGCAGUGCUCCAAAUCCACAGACUAUACUUCCAAAUAUCUACAAGAGGCUAAUUAUGAUGGGACACUGUGUCACAGCAUCCAGUACAGAUCUGGAGACAAACGCUACAUGUUAGUUGGACCCAGAAUGAGUAUAGGAUCUACUAUAGUCCCUGGCAGCCAUGCCAACACACUAGUGCUCCCUGACAGGAGGAGGGGAUCUGGAGAGGCCACAAACGGACUCAGUCCCUCCCAUAAGAAAGCUUUUGUUUGGUACAUCACAGCAGAGGAUACAUCUCAUUCACGGCUGCGAGUUGGAUGA